CAGCACUUCUACAAAGAAAGCAGAGGCAAUGGAUUAAACCCACAGGUAGGAAAUACGCCUGUAACGCUUCAAAAAAUAAAGACUUACCGGCAGAAUUCUCUUAUUAUCGGAACAAAGAAGGACUGGAAUUUGAAGCGACUUGAAUCAGCUACCUGUAAUUACAGUCUGAUUAUCAGCUCUGAGACAGUAACAAGUCUGGACAAAGUCCCAGCUCGUCAUAACAAAACUAUUUCUCCAGUUGUCCCAGUGCAAAGCCUGCUAACCAGAAGCAGUACCACAGCAGUGGCCGGUUUUAGAAGCAAUGCUCCUCCCUCUGUGUCUAAAGCCUGCAAAGGGUGGAUCCUCUUUCACUCAACACGACUUUAAAAAAAACCCGCUUCUCCGGAAGUCAAGGUUUCUUCAGAACUUCCCAAAAGUGUUGAAACCCCUUCAGCUGUCAGGUAUUUAUACUCUAUAUUGUUUAGCUAUCUUUCUUUGUUUUGACUCAGUACUUCUCUCCUAUGUCUUCUCAUGUACAACAGGGGCAAACGGUUGUUGUUGUUCGUGAGGUUUAUGAAGGCAGAAAAAACAACAGAUGGUCAAUGUUGCCAUCAUGUUCUUACUUCUGCAAUCUCCUGUCCUGUCUAUUCAGAGAUGCUUCAAAGCAGAGUGGGUUGUGAGAGAAAGAGAGACAAAGUUUGGAACUAAACUGUGUUUUUAAUCACCAAUGCCAGAUAAGACUGCAUAUCUUGUAAUGUGUAGCCUGUAAGUACCAUUAUACAUGACGGCGUUCCAAGAGUUUCACUGUGUGUUUCAAAUAAUUUUGUAAAUGAAUUUAGUUUUACCAUGGAUACUGACUAUAAAUGAAGAGUAGAAGUUGACUAACAAAAUACUUAACGCCAUGACGUACAGUCAUAAUCAGCCAAUUACAUAGGCUACACAUACACGCUGCUAUUAAGACCGUGUCGUAAAUAACGGUUGAGUGUGGUCGUGAGAGCAAACUUUGCAAAGCUGACUUUAUCUAAAACAUUUAACUUUUAGCUUGAUAAUUCAACAAUAACGGAAAUUUCGCAACAAAUGGGUUGGGUGAUGGCAUGAUGGUUUUUAUAGUGUGUCACGCUUAAUCUUUGCUUAAAAAUAGGUUUAGUAAAGUGGUAUUAUUAUUGGUAUACAUCAUUCUUUUGGCUUAAAAUAUGAAAGCUUGUUAGUUGAAGAUAAAAGGGAAGAAGGGACACAAAUUUCACCAGAAGCACCCUUAACGGGAAUGUACAAAUCAGUGUGAGCUAGCUAUUGAGUGUGGCUUCUUUAGGAUCUAUUUCCACUAGCGGAGCAAAAAUACACAGAACAUUUGGCCAUAUUGUGUCCAAAAUGUCACUUACUUGAUAUUAGUUUCUUGUUGUAUAAAAGCAGUAUCGCCCUCGCAGUUGUGUGGUUAUACUAAAUAUCAUCAUGGCUGUCAGUCGCCGUAGGUAAUCAAUUUCUUGUGUACUCUCGCUUGUGUGAUAUUGCUUAAAUAUAUUAAUCUUCAUCAAAUAUGACUUCCACACAUUAAUGGAUCCCUGAGUCGCCAUCUGGAUUAGGCUCUCAUAACAGCAGGGCUGCAUGUGAGUAAAUAUACACAAAAGUGUACAAUAAUUUUGUUUUACUGUAGCCAGUUAACCUACUGACAUGUUUUUGAGAAACCGAAGAACCCUGGAGGAAAUCCAUGCAGAACGUAUUCUGGUCUAUGGUUUUACACCAUGCAGUCAUAUCAUAAUCACAUGACUUUAGUUCUUUUGGUACUUGUUUCAGUAUUACUUCUCCUUCCACUGUAACCACAAGCAUAAGGCUAGUUACCUAAAGAAUAAGGGAAACAACAGCAAAGCAGAAAUUUCUCUCUCUCUCUCUCUCUCUCUCGCUCUCUCCAGGGGUCCACUAUGAUUCUUCCUCAUUCCCUGCUCCUUUUAGUCUGCCUCUCUGGACCACUGGCCUGCCAUGCAUUCAAGAUUUGUGCCUUCAAUGUUCAGAGUUUUGGAGACUCAAAAGCAACAGACAGCACAGUUUUGCACAUCUUAACACAGAUUGUGUCACGCUGUGAUGUGUGUUUGCUUCAAGAAGUCAGAGAUCAGAAGAAAACAGCCGUUCCACGUCUGCUUAAUAGACUCAAUGACUAUGAAAGGGGUCACCAGUAUGACUAUGUGUCCAGUGAACGUCUUGGCAGGACACAAACAUAUCAAGAGCAAUAUGUUUUUGUAUUCAGGACUGACUCAGUCAGGUUAAUAAACCAGUAUCAGUACCCAGACACACAGAAAGGAGAUGAGGAUGCUUUUGCCAGGGAGCCUUUUGUAGUGCACUUCCGAGCACCUAAAACAGUGAUUGGCGAGUUUGUUCUGAUCCCAAUGCACACCUCACCUAGUAACGCCACCAAAGAGAUCGAUAAACUCUAUGAUGUCUUUGAGGAUGUUAGACAUUUGUGGAACACAGAGGACAUAAUGUUCCUUGGUGACUUCAAUGCAGCUUGUGGAUACGUGGCCAAGAAAAACAGGAAGAACAUAAGACUCUACUCCAAUGCUUUCAGCUGGCUGAUAGAUGACAAACAGGAUACUACAGUAAGAGGAACCACUGACUGUGCAUAUGACAGGAUAGUCGUUCACGGAGAUUCCUUCCUCAGAGCUAUAGUGCCAUUCUCAGCACAACCAUUUAAUUUUGCCACCGCAUACCGGAUCACAGAGGAAGAGGCUUUACGUGUGAGUGACCACUAUCCUGUAGAGGUGGCCCUGAAGAUCAAGUCAGGAAGUGAGCAGAGAAGCAUAAUCUUGUUCCAAAUAACUCUUGGCCUUCCCUUGCUACUCCAACUGAAAUGACACCAUUUUGAAAGUGGACACUUUUUUUAAGUCAGCAAGUUUGAGAGAAGAUAACUAUGCAUGAUGAAUAUCAUCCAAGCCAAAGCUGCACAAGAACGUACUGGGUUUCUUGUCAAUAACGUGAUACACGUUUUCAUGCCCUUUAAAUCAAGGAGAUUGUACGUAGUAACCGAGUUUAUCAAAGACUCAAAAACACACCACUUUAUUUAGCCAAUGUUUUUAAUGUUAUGCUGGAAUAUCAUAGGACACAGUCUUACUUCUUUUUGGUUGAAAGUAUAUUUAAGGUAACUGGCUGCUAAUGGAUCAGCUGUUUUGCCACUUUACUGGGGUUUUGGGAUUUAGGUUUGUAAAUGGCACAAGCAAAGCUACCUGGACAAAAUAAAAUUUGCUGAUUCCUCCAACAGCAAUAUCCAACUUUACAAUGUCAGUAGGUUGCACGACUGGAAGACUAACCCCUUUGUCAGAUUCAGAGGACACCUUUUAUUGUUCAUGUCAAGGCAAAACAAAAUGCUUACAUAUUGCAUGAAGUCAAAUCUGUGCAGGUGAGGGAAAGCAUAGCCAAGUCUUAGGAAAUAAAUUACAUGAUAUUUUGUUCAUCUCACGGGAACAAUUCACCUGGCAUUCAUUGGGGACUAUCCUGGUGUUCAGUCAUGCAGAUUUGGCCCCUACAGUUGUCACCCUGGAACAUGAAGCAUCAGUGACAUGCACACCACUUGCCAAGUACCAAUGGCAAUCCAGUUGAAUGCAAAGUUUGUCCAGGUGCUCAGCUACUGACAUUGUAUGAUAAUUCACUACUGUUGGUGGAUGCAGAUAUUUUGUCUAAGGACCUUAACACUGUCUACCUUUAAUGCAUCUGUAUUCUGAUUAAAAUAAGCUUUAUUUCUCUCUCCAGUUUGUGCACUGACCUAGAAAAACAAAAGAUGUGAUUUUUGAAUUUCCCCUACAAGGGGUCAAUAAAAGGUACAUCUAUUGAUGUUCAGGUUCCACUCAUUUAUUGAAUUUAAGGCUAUUUAAGUUGUUAUAGUGCCCCUAUUACCCACCCAAUUAAAUAAUCUGUUGAAGUUAGAUAAUAAUUGGAAUUUUGCAUGCAUGUAAACACAUUCAAGCUGUUCUGACAGCAGGACAAACGUUUUCAGACUUUGUGUAUGCCAAA